GAGGCGGGGCUGUGUGCGCCGCGCUUCUUCUGCCCCAGCUUCCGCGUCCAGCCCCCGGAGCUGGACGUGGAGUCGGAGCUGCGGCCGGGUCGGGAGCCGUGGGUUGGAGGCAGCAGGGCAGUAGCUUCGGCUGGGGCGGCGGGCGCCCCGUCCCUGAGAGAUGGACGGUGCGGAAGGCGGCGCCGGGCUGCCGGGCCCGGCCGAGCGAUCCCAUCGAAGCAGCGUGUCCUCCGUGGGAGCCCGAGCAGCUGAUGUGCUGGUAUACCUGGCAGACGACACAGUGGUGCCCCUGGCCGUGGAGAGCCUGCCCUCACUCAGUGCCCACGAGCUGCACCGCGCCGUCCGUGAUGUCCUGCAGCUCCCAGACGUCGCCCUGGAUGCCUUCGCGCUCUGGCUUGUCUCCCCUCUGCUGGUGGCACUGGUCAGAGGCUGCAUAGGCCGCUUCCCCUGUCAUCCUGCAGAGGUGCAGCUGAAGCCCAAGCACCAGCCCUACAAGCUGGGCCGCCAGUGGCCAGAACUGUUGUUGCGCUUCACCGUUGCCCCGGACGACGAUGUGGCCAUGGAUGAGCCUUCCCUGCAGUUCCGAAGGAACGUGUUCUUCCCAAAGCAGCGGGAGCUCCAGAUCCAUGAUGAGGAGGUCUUGCGGCUGCUCUAUGAGGAGGCCAAGGGCAAUGUGCUGGCUGCGCGGUACCCAUGCGACGUGGAAGACUGCGAGGCCCUGGGUGCCCUGGUGUGCCGAGUGCAGCUCGGGCCCUACCAGCCGGGCCAGCCUGCUGCCUGUGCCUUGAGGGAGAAGCUGGACUCCUUCCUCCCCGCCCACCUCUGUAAGCGGGGCCACGGGCUCUUUGCUGCCCUGAGGGGCCGUGGGGCCAAGGCUGGGACCGGUGAGCAGGGCCUGCUGAAUGCCUACCGCAAGGUGAAGGAAACGGCCGGCAGCCACAGCGAGUGCGAGGCCUCCCUGAGCACCCACUACCGCUCCUACCUCCUCAAGUGCCACGAGCUGCCCUUCUACGGGUGUGCCUUCUUCCACGGCGAGGUGGACAAGCCAGCCCAGGGCUUUUUGCCCCGGGGCAGGCGGAAGCCUGUAGUUGUGGCCAUCAGCCUGGAGGGCGUGCAUGUCAUCGACAGCCGGGAGAAGCACGUCCUGCUGGGCCUGCGCUUCCAGGAGCUGUCGUGGGACCACACCUCCCCCGAGGAGGAGGAGUCUGUCCUGUGGCUGGAGUUCGAUGGGGACAAUGAAGGCACACCAGUCAACAAGCUCCUCAAGAUCUACUCCAAGCAGGCGGAACUGAUGAGCAGCCUCAUUGAGUACUGCAUCGAGCUGAACCAGGCUGCAGAGCCCAUUGUCCCCCAGGAGAGCGUGUCUGGUGCCCCCUCGGCCACCAGCGCCUUGCCGUCUCCCAUGAAGCGCCCCCAGCUGCGGAGGCAGAGCAGCGUGGUGUGCAGCCGGGUCCAGUACCUCUCCACCAUUGACUACGUGGAGGAGGGCGAGCAGAUCAAGCGAGUCAAACCGAAGCGCACCACGUCCUUCUUCAGCCGGCAGCUAUCUGCGAGCCAGGGGAGUUACACCAUGGUGCAGCCGGCCGGCAGCCUGGAGCAGGGCUGAGGGCACUGCACGGGCCCAGGCUGGGGCCCUUGUGCUGGGAGGAGGGCUGCCUCAGAGGGUGAGGUGACCCCCUGCCUGGGAGGGAGCCUGGGCCGUGCAGAGCUGGCUGGGGACUCCCACAGCGUCCCACUUGCAGACUGCCUGCCCUUCCCCUGAGCCACAGGCCCCGCUGCUGUCUCAGGAUCAUUUGAUCAGGCCCUGGUCACCCUUCCUACCCAGGGACUCACUUUUUGUGUCCUCUCAAGAUGAACAAUGUCCCUGUUCUGAAGUCCCUGGUGGCAGCUCUGAUGGCAGGUGGCCGAGGAAUAGGGCUCAGGCCCCGUAGGUCCGGUCUUUGGUCUGUUCCCUGGACUUGGGUGACCACAUGCUCACAUUCCUUCGCCAGCAUUCCACCCAGCCCCUGCUGCCAGGCUGGGCCAUCACUGUGUUGGGGGGCUGAGGGGGGGUGGGGAGGGGCCUCCUUGGCUUGAACCUCAGCAAGAACGGGAGGUGAGGCCCCUCCACUCCUAUCCUCCCUGGCUGGAUGGCACUGGAGGGAGCUGGGCCUGGCCUGGCAAGGAAGUGCCCUGUGCCCCUCACUCGGGCCUCUCAGGCAGGCAACACUAACCAGAAGAAAAGUGCCUUUUUGCUGGUCUUUGCUGAUGUACUGUGCUGGGUGGUAGCGGUCCUAUGGACCAGUGAGCCCAGCAGGCCUACACGUGUCAUUCUAAGAAGUUCCCAAAGCCCCUGGGGCUUCCAUUUGCAGUUUUGCUGUUUUGUCAUCUGCUCUGGUGCCAUGAAGACUGUGAACUGUGGCAACUUGAGAGAACCGCCCCCGGCCUUAGACUGGGGGCUCUCCUUCUGAGGCAGCACCGGCACUGUGUUGCCAUGUGGCCUGGCCCUGGCCCAGCCCACACAAGUCUCUAUCCCAGGACGCAGGAGGCCAGACGUGGCUCUGGGCACAGCCCUUCCCCAGCUCUGCCCUCCAGCCUUUGGCCCCUGAGUCGGUCCAGAGGAGCGCCUCCCCAGCCCCUGCAUGGGUGGGCCCCGCUGGUAGGUCCCAGGCGCUUCCUGGCGCUUCCUGGGACUUUCCACCGGAAGGAGACAGGCCAGGCCCAGCUCAGGGCUUUGCUUUGUCUCCCCUUCCCUGUGGAGCCAAGGGGAGGAAGCGUGCGCCUCUUGUCUCCAGAUGUCAGAGCCCACUCGCCUCCCCCCUUGGCGGCUUUUGAACACUCCAGAUGCUUGGAGGUGGGUGUGCCUUUUGUUGUUUGUCAUAAUAAACAGGUGUCCCAGCCAGAGGACAUCCACCUCCCCUCCUGGAGUCACUCGAGCUCACUGGCUGCCCCGUCUGUCUGGUCCGUCUCGUCCCAUGUGCUGUUAAUGCCAAGGGGAAUUCUCACCUGAUGGGCUGAGCCCGUGGGGAGUGUGUGUGUGUGUGUGUGUGUGUGUGUGUGUGUGUGUGUACACAGACUACUUGUUUUCAUUCCUCAGCCUUCUGUUUUCUAAGCAUCUAUUGUGCUGUCACCUGGCCUGCCUGCCCUUUGGGACAAAUCAGUGUUUUUAUUAAGUGUCCUUUGAAUAUUCUCAUUCUUUUGUAUCAUGUGACUCAUCAAUAAAGUCCAUUUCCAGCAAA